AUGGAGCCCGGAAAGCGGGAGACAUGGCGGACGACGAUGCUGCUGGCGUACCAGAGCCUGGGGGUGGUGUACGGGGACCUGAGCAUCUCCCCGCUCUACGUCUACAAGAGCACCUUCGCCGACGACAUCACCCACACCGACUCCAACGACGAGAUCCUCGGCGUCCUCUCCUUCGUCUUCUGGACGCUCACCCUCAUCCCGCUCCUCAAGUACGUCUCCAUCGUGCUCCGAGCCGACGACAACGGCGAGGGCGGCACCUUCGCGCUCUACUCCCUCAUCUGCAGGCACGCCAACGUCAGCCUGCUCCCCAACCGCCAGCUCGCCGACGAGGAGCUCUCCACCUACAGCCUCGAGCGCCCGCCGGAGGAGGUCGCCCACGGCUCCCGCGUCAGGCGAUGGCUCGAGGCGCACCGCAGCCUCAAGACCGCCCUGCUCGUCAUGGUCAUGAUCGGGACCUGCAUGGUCAUCGGCGACGGCGUCCUCACCCCCGUCAUCUCCGUGUUCUCGGCUGUUUCUGGGCUUGAGCUCUCCUUGUCCAAGCAUCAGCAUGAAUAUGCCGUCACUCCGAUUACUUGUGCCAUAAUAGUGUUCCUGUUUGCGCUCCAGCAUUACGGCACCCACCGCGUCGGGUUUCUCUUCGCUCCCAUAAUUCUAGCCUGGCUGAUCUGCAUGAGUGCGCUUGGCGUGUACAAUAUCAUCUACUGGAACCCUCAGGUUUACAUGGCACUCAAUCCCGUAUACAUGUUCAAAUUCUUGAAGAAGACCAAGAAGUCUGGUUGGAUGUCCCUGGGAGGGAUUCUGCUCUGCAUGACAGGAUCUGAAGCAAUGUUUGCAGAUCUUGGCCACUUCUCCUACAGUGCAAUCCAGCUUGCUUUCACUUCUUUGGUGUACCCUGCACUGAUCCUAGGAUACAUGGGUCAAGCUGCCUAUUUAACCAAACACCAUGACUUCGACUCAAGCUACCAAAUUGGAUACUACAUCUCAGUUCCAGAGGCUGUGAGAUGGCCAGUGCUGGUGCUGGCGAUCAUGGCGUCGGUGGUCGGAAGCCAAGCGAUCAUCAGCGGCACCUUCUCCAUCAUCAACCAGAGUCAGGCCCUGAGCUGCUUCCCGCGGGUGAAGGUCGUGCACACAUCGGCGAAGGUCCAUGGCCAGAUCUACAUCCCGGAGAUCAACUGGAUGCUCAUGGUGCUCUGCAUCGCGGUCACCGUCGGGUUCCGCGACACCAAGCACAUGGGGAACGCGUCGGGGCUGGCGGUGAUCACGGUGAUGCUGGUCACCACGUGCCUCACGUCGCUGGUCAUGAUGCUGUGCUGGCACCGGCCGCCGGUGCUGGCGCUGGCCUUCUUCGUCUUCUUCGGAUCCAUCGAGGCGCUCUACUUCUCGGCAUCACUCACCAAGUUCCUUGACGGCGCGUGGGUGCCGCUCCUCCUCGCGCUCAUCCUCGUCGCCGUCAUGUUCGUGUGGCACCACACCACCGUCAAGAAGUACGAGUUCGACCUCCACAACAAGGUCACCAUGGAGUGGCUCCUCGCGCUCUGCGACAGGCUCGGCAUGGUCCGCGUCCCCGGCAUCGGCCUCGUCUACACCGACCUCACCUCCGGCGUGCCCGCCAACUUCUCCCGCUUCGUCACCAACCUCCCGGCCUUCCACCGCGUGCUCGUCUUCGUCUGCGUCAAGUCCGUGCCCGUGCCGCGCGUGCUCCCCGCCGAGCGCUACCUCGUCGGCCGCGUCGGCCCGCCGGGCCACCGCUCGUACCGCUGCAUCGUGCGCUACGGGUACCGGGACGUGCACCAGGACGUGGACUCGUUCGAGACGGAGCUCGUCGAGAGCCUCGCGUCCUUCAUCCGGCUCGACGCGCUCUUCCGGUGCAGCGACGCCCGCAGCGACGCCGACUACGAGCGCGAGAACGCCUUCACCGUCAUCGGCAGCAACCCGCUCCGGCGCCGCAUCAGCUACGACGACACCCACGACAGCGCGUCGUCCGUGGAGAUACGCGUGGAGAGCCCGACGGGCAGCAACGGGACGAACACCAUGGAGCUCACGGCCAUGCCGGCGGCGGCGCCGCGGGUGGUGAAGAGGGUGAGGUUCCUUGUGGACCCCGGGAGCCCCGACGUGGAGGACAAGCAGAUGCUGGAGGAGCUCCACGAGCUGUGCGAGGCGAGGGAGGCCGGCACGGCCUUCAUCAUGGGCCACUCCCACGUGAAGGCCAAGCCCGGGUCGUCGCUGCUCAGGAGGCUGGCUAUCGGGUACGGCUACAACUUCCUGCGCCGGAACUGCCGCGGCCCGGACGUCGUGCUGCGCGUGCCGCCGGCGUCGCUGCUUGAGGUCGGCAUGGUCUACGUGCUGUGA